UGGGUGGGGAGGGCCGAGGAGGGGUGCCCGACGAAAGGGAAGAGGGGGCAAGGAGCCGAGGGGAAGGAGGGAUGCCCGGGCCCGCGGCACUGGGCGCGGCGGCGGCGGCGGCGCUAGUGGCCGCCUUGCUCCUGCUGCCGCUUGAGGACUCGGGGCCGGGGGCUGGCUCCAGCAUGGCCGAGACAGGGGCGCUGCCAAAGCUUCGUGAAGACUUCAGGAUGCAGAAUAAAUCCGUCUUUAUUCUGGGCGCCAGCGGGGAAACCGGCAAGGUGCUCUUAAAGGAAAUCUUGGAACAGAGGCUUUUUUCGAAAGUCACGAUUAUUGGCCGGAGGAAGCUCACCUUUGACGAGGAAGCUUAUAAAGAUGUGAAUCAAGAAGUGGUGGACUUUGAAAAGCUGGAUGACUAUGCUUCUGCCUUUCAAGGUCAUGAUGUUGGAUUCUGUUGCCUGGGUACCACCAGAAAAAAAGCCGGGGCGGAGGGAUUUGUUCGUGUUGAUCGAGAUUAUGUCCUGAAGUCUGCAGAGCUGGCAAAAGCUGGAGGGUGCAAGCAUUUCAACUUGCUGUCUUCUAAAGGAGCUAAUAAGUUGAGCAAUUAUUUAUAUCUGCAAGUCAAGGGAGAAGUGGAAGAUAGGAUUGAAGAAUUAAAAUUUGAUCGUUAUUCUGUGUUUAGGCCCGGAGUUCUGUUAUGUGAUAGGCAAGAAUCUCGCCCAGGUGAAUUGUUGAUCAGGAAAUUCUUUGGCGCCCUACCAGCAUCUUGGGCCAGUGGGUAUUCUGUGCCCGUGAUCACUGUGGUGAGGGCAAUGCUGAACAAUGCAGUGAGACCCAGCAACAAGAAGGAAAUGCUGGAUAACAAAGCCAUCCAUGACCUGGGGAAAGCCGAUGGCUCCCUCACACUGUAACCACCCUGGAGAAAUGGUUCCUACUCUAAAACUCAACACCUACCACCUAAUUGGUAUUCAGGGGUCUAAAAAAAUGUGUUAUUUACCUAUAGUUUCACUAUUAUUCACAGACUUGUUGGGGUGUGGGCACAGGAAAUUUGUUGUUUUGUUUAAUUUCUCCUGAUGGUUCAGUUGCCCCUGGUGGAGAGGCCAGCUUUGAAAUGCUUGUCUACAGUCGUAGCAUCACAGCAAACCUUAUGCAUCAUGCAGAUUAAUUCUGUUCUAAAAUUGUUGACAUUUGUGUCUGAGUUACCCAGGGCUGACUGCACAUUUUUGUAAGUGAAUACUGUGCCUUACUACUUCUUUAGAAUAUGUAAUGAAGGUUUUAUAUAUAACAGAGCUUAUAUAAUUUAUGGGAUAAUUAAAUAGAGGAAUAAAAAUAAAUAGGUCCUUAAGUGAA